AUGGCACCUUCAGCAGUUUCCACUACAGUCACCGAAGAGACCAAGCCUCGGUCCACCUACAAGCUCAACCUAGGACAGUACAAAGAAAUUGAUCCUUGUGAGGUCGAUCGCGACAUCGAGACGGGUAAAAGUGGCGGCAACGGUGCCAAGUACCCUCACUAUCUUCCCACCUGGAACCGUGAACAGAAAUGGGGCCCCUUGGAACCAUUUGAGCACUACGAGCAUGGCAAGGAUGCCGACACAUCGUAUCCAAACCUAUUCCCAGAGGGCUCCAAACUUACACAACUCACUCCCACAAUCGGCUCAGAAGUCUCUGGUGUCCAGCUGUCCUCCCUGAGCGACGCCGGGAAGGAUGAGCUGGCUCAUUUCGUUGCCAAGCGCAAGGUUGUUGCCUUCAGAAACCAAGACUUUGCAGAUCUCUCCAUACCAGAUGCCUUGAAGUAUGGAUCAUACUUUGGCCGUCAUCACAUCCACCCUACCUCUGGUGCCCCAGAAGGUUACCCCGAGGUUCAUCUGGUGCAUCGUGGCGAAGGUGAUAAGGGAGCCGCUCAGUUCUUCCAGGCGCGAACCAGCUCAGUUGCAUGGCACUCAGAUGUCUCAUAUGAGAAGCAGCCUCCCGGAACCACGUUCCUCUACAUCCUCAACAAGCCCGAUACCGGCGGUGACACCUUGUUUGUAGACGCUGUUCAGGCUUACAACCGUCUCAGCCCAUUGUUCCAGGAGCGUCUCCACGGCCUGAGAGCAACUCAUUCAGGCAUUGAGCAGGUGAAUGCUGCAGCUGCCAGAAACAGCAUCAAGAGACGAGAGCCCGUGGUUAACGACCACCCACUUGUGCGAACUCACCCAGCGACUGGCGAGAAGGCGCUUUACGUCAACCCUCAGUUCACCCGAGAAAUUAUUGGCAUGAAGAAAGAAGAGUCAGAUUCCAUUCUCAAAUUCCUCUACGAUCACUUGGCAUAUGGAGCAGAUUUCCAAGCUAGAGUCAAGUGGGAGGAGGGAACCGUCGUCAUCUGGGACAACAGAGUUACUCAACACACAGCACUGGUAGAUUGGGAAGAUGGCCAGCGACGUCAUUUGGCGCGCAUUACUCCUCAGGCUGAAGCGCCGUAUGAGACUCCAUUCGAGGCGCGCAAGUAG